AUGAACGAAAGCCUGGUAAAGCGUGAGAUCAAACGCGAGUGGGAGGACACUCGGGUCGAGGAAGACUCGGAUCGGACGACUGGAAGUGCGAGUGGAACCAGGACAUCGAUCGAGGAACAUCAACCGGUGGAAAAUUCUCGAACGGUGAUCACCGCCAGAAGGCACGUACGCACGAUCACCACAGCCGGUCAUAUAACCGAAAACGUCCACGAAACGGAGCCCGAGACUGGAUCCAACUCACCUGACGCGAACUCGAUGCCGGACGAUCUGCAAAUUCAGCCGCACCAUCGUCAUCUUCAACAACAAUCCGUCGAUCAGCAGCAUUGUCAAUCGCAACCGCGCCACUAUCAAGAGGAAAAUCAACGUGACCAGGGGAACCAUCAAGCCUCGCAACACUUCGUGCAAAUCUCACGUGCUACCACGGAUGUACAGCAACAGCAUCAACAUCGUCCUGGUGAACAGCAACGCGUUGUGUACGUGACCAGUAACGGGCAGGAAGUGAAGGUCGAGGUUCCAGAGACGGUAGAUUCUGCCACGUUGUCGGUCAAGGAAUCAACCAGGUACGAGACCGGUGACGGACCGGAACGAACGGACGUGGAAAGUAUGUACGUUUACGCGACGGACGGUCAACAGUUGCGCCGUGAGAGUCUCGCGAUCGCGAGUCAGAUGCAAGACAGAAGGAUCCAGGUGCAUCCAAGCACUGGUGGUCAGCAGAGGUACAGUCCCCGCGAAACUGGCCAAUCUGGCGGCGGUGGAAACGGAACAACCAGUAGAAUCUACCAUCACGGUUCGCCGGUUCUGGUGCCAAGCAGCGAAGACUACGAAACGGGAACAUCAAAUGUGGCGACGUCUUCGUCGACGUCCGUGUCCGCGAGUGGUAAUACGAGCGUCCAACUGGGAUCACCAGCACCGCCUUAUUCACCACCGAUAGACGGUAUCCACGGUGCGUCGAGUGGUCAACAGCAACAGCAUCAUUUGGUCCCUGGAUACGCGGAAGCCGUGGCCGCUGCAGCUGCUGCAGCCGUGAAUAUCAAAGGAUCGAGCACCUACACCACUCUAGAAACAGUAGCAAUUCCUCCGUCGCAAGCGGUACAGUACGCCACGCAGUAUAUAUCCGCUGGGGAAACAUUUCAACAAGCACCAACUUACACCUACGCGAAAUCUGGGGACCAAGUGAUUCUAGCGUAUCAGGCGGCCGCUCAGUUGGGCUCCCGUGUUGCUGGGGUGGAGUCACCGGGUAACACCUACAUCAAAGGCGACCCGACUCUGGCCUCGUCGAUAGGAGUGUCGCGCGCCGUACCACUCCAUUACGAGCAACCACCAUCUCCGGGUUCCCAGGUGACGCUGUACGGCGGUGGCGGUGGCAAUGGCGGCGGUGGGGGAGGAGGAACCAGCUCGUACUCGUACCCAAAGUCCACCACAUCCGGGGAAUACUGGACCACAGCCGGAACACCACCCCCGCCCACGUUCGAGAGCAUUCCAGGCUACCCAAACGUGACGGCGAUCUCCGUAAACGACGGGGCUAACAUGCAAUUGUAUUCCGGCGGUGGUUACAGCGUGUCGGCUGGAACCGCUGGUUCCCCGUGGCCGAAUUUGUCCAUUCCCGACUCGGACGAGAACUUCGAUGGAUCCAUGGUCCCCACCGAGACGAAGGAGUGCUCCAGUUGCGGUACACCGACUCCUGGAUGGAGACGAGACGAGACCGAUCAUUAUUACUGCAAUAACUGUAUCUACACGAAAAUGCACGGAGUCAACAGGCCGAUCAUGAGAUGCGGCAAACCGAAACAACCUGUCACCCCGACGGGCGUUCGAAGGACGGGGGUGCAAUGCGCGAACUGCAGGACCAGCAACACGACCCUCUGGCGGCGAAACAACAACGGUGAGCCAGUCUGCAACGCCUGUGGACUCUACUACAAGCUGCACAACGUAAACAGGCCACUUAGCAUGAAGAAAGAAGGUAUACAAACGAGGAAGAGGAAACCGAAGAGUCACUCUGGAAUCAGCGGAAAUCUGGCUGGGCCCAGCGGCAUGCACAAGACCGAGAUUAAGUCUAGCUUGCUCGUGGACUCGCUGCAGUUGAACGUGUACGGGAGCGGUAGCAGCGGUAACGGGGGCGGGGGCGUGGCCGUGGGCAGAAUCGUUGACGGGACAGCGACAGGAAUAGGGACUGGGAGAGAAAACGGAAACGGAAGCGGGAGCGAAAGAGGGAACGAAGAAACCGAGGAGAGACGUCCACCUGUAGGUACACCGACGACGGUGCAAUUAGGACACGCGCACUCGCCCCUCGCAUUACCCACUGCCGCCGUAUUGAAUCGUCAGACCACCCUCACCGUGCCACCGUUAGAGCCAAUCGUUAGUCAAUCCAGCGGCGACCUGAUCUCUGUCAUAACUUCCACGACGGCUGUCCACGUCGAAAGAACUUAA